GACAGUUUGCGUGCAGUUCGUCGGAAUCGAUUCUUUGGUCCAAUCGUCGGAAGAAAACAAAGUGAUUUGAAAACAAAUCCGCUUACCAGAAUGGCCACUCGGAUGAUUCUGUCGCCCGCACGCCGACUGGUGAACACUAUCGGUUCCAGGUCCAUCAGCACGCAAGGAUUGGGCGCACGCUGUGCUAUCAUUAAGGACGAAAUUACGCACACUGGCCAGUUCUAUGAAGCCGACGACUACCGGAAUGCACGCUUCGUCAACGCAACCAAAGUGGUGAACCCGAACUGGGCCAUCAAACUGAUCGACGAAACACCUAUCGUGAAAACGGAGGAACGGGUCGUCUGCUGUGACGGUGGUACCGAUCCCGCGCUUGGCCACCCGAAGGUUUACAUUAACCUGGAUAAACCAGGCGCCCACGCUUGCGGAUACUGUGGCCAGCGGUUCGAGAAACUCGACCAUCAUCAUUGAAAAUCUGUACUGUUCUGUAAAUUAUACAAGAAAGAAACAGCUUACUGUAAGCCGUUAGUAAAAUAAACGAAAGAAGUUAAAUUCACGAUGAUACUUCAUAGC